GGCGAACGGAGCGGUGGUGCCGGGGCCUGGCAUGGCGGGGCUGGGCCCCUGCGACUGAGCGCCGCCAGCGGGAAGGCCGGGCUGCGUCCUGCUGUGGGUAGGAGCGGGUCUGGCGGCGGUUGUGGGGGGAGAGGUGUGGGGACACGGCCUGGGCCAGGCUGCGGCCCUCUGAGGCGGUGUGGGGCUCAGGGGGCCCGGCGCGGGGGGGCGGCUCUCUCUUUCUCUUCCUAGGCGGCCUCCCUGCUGUCCCGCCCGGGCUGGGGCCUCCGGGCUGUGCUGUCCUUAAGGCCUCUGCCCGGGGCUGCGUAGCUCGGGGUGCUCUGGAGCGCUCUGUUGCAGCUGUCCUUAAAGCGGGUGGUCCUCUCUUGUUCGUGUGAAGUGUCCCCGUGCUGCUCCUUUCCUUCCUCUGCCUUCUGUUUCUUGUCUGCCUGAAGCAAGAGCAGUAAACCUAGCAUAUAGCAUUCCCCAGCUUGGCCUUCUGUCCUGUUUGGGUUACUGGUGCUUUUGCUGCUUUUUUAGUGUUGUAGUUCCUCUCUUUUAGAGUUUCGUCCCGAAGCAGAAGUGGUAAUGAAAGUUGGAGAGAAGGGAGGUGAGCCCUGUCAGGGCAGAUGUGCCACCUGUUUGUUUGAGGCUGCAGAGUGAAUGGCAAUGGCUUUGAUCUAGGGGGGGAUCUGAACAGCUAUCUUUAAACGGGAGCGAACAAAAAAGGUUUCCCCUUCACCUUUAAAGCUAUGUAAGCUCUUGGAGUAAUGCUUUUGUUUAAGCAGGAAUCUGGUAGGUGUAGUUCUCUGGCAUACACAUCCAGAGCUGUAGGGAGCAAUACCAGCCCUGAUGUGGUCUGUGCUUUCCAGUGCUGUUUGCAGAAGGGAGAACAAUCACUUUUAUUAAUGCUGGAACUCUGGUAGGUGUGUGACCACCUCCAUGAGGAUGAGUUUUGAGACUGCACAUAACUGUUGACCUGAACCUCAGAUUUCGUUGAGCUCGGUUACAAUAUGUGUUCUGACCCAAAAAGCAGAAUCCCCUUGGUAAGAGGCCUGCCCAGGGGGUGCAGCUGAGCCUCCCCCAGCACUGGGUCACAGUGCCUGGACAGAGAAACACUGCUCAGCCACAUCCGGCUCACUCCAGCUGUAACACAGAAAACUCUUUUUUCUGUUUUAUUUUCUAGUGUAUGGCAGCUCAGGCUGCAUGUCAGAAGGGAGGCUGGGGUUGGGGUGUGGAGUGCUGCUGUGUGGCUGUGGGGAGGCUUCAGCUCCUCUGUGUGGUUGGUGGCUGUGGGCAGGGUGUGGUGAGUGAUCUCUGGGCUAUGCUCAGCUGACCAGGUUAGUUCAGAUGAGCUGAGGGGUGAGGUUUGGAGAGUACAGCAGGGAGCAGUGCUGCUGGGUGUGAUGAAGCCUAACUGUUUCCCUGGCAUCAGUUCCCAGUCCCAUUGCUGUGGAUUUGUUGCUGGUGGCCUCAACCAGAACAGGGCAGUUCUCAACAUCCUCUCUGUAGUCUUUGGCUAUGAGAAAAGCAUGAAGUGUGCUGUGAGGCCGAUGGCUCUGGCUGCCCUUUUGUAGCACGUUGGGCAUUUUGCUGCUCUGCCUUUGUAGGAUACUGGCACCACGCCAUAGUGAGCAGCCUGGCACAGAGCAAGGAGGCAGGAUAUUCCAGUCAUGAUGUCCAUGAUGAGAUUCUCCAUGUCUGACAACAUCACACGCUCUACUGCCCUGGUGACAGCACUAGAUAAUGUGACAACUUUGUCUCCAACGACAACGCAGGCAAUCAAUGACACGAACAUCACAGUGCCACACAAGUGCCUGCUGUUGCUCUAUGAGGACAUUGGGAAGUCCAGAGUCCGCUACUGGGAUCUUUUGCUCCUGGUUCCCAAUGUGCUUUUCUUUAUGUUUCUUCUCUGGAAGCUGCCCUCUGCCAGGGCCAAAAUCCGGGUCACUUCCAGCCCAAUCUUCACUACAUUCUACAUACUAGUGUUUGUGGUGGCUUUAGUUGGUAUCGCCCGUGCUGUUGUCUCUAUGACUGUGAGUGCCUCUGAUGCUGCCACAGUUGCUGAUAAGAUCCUGUGGGAGAUCACAAGGUUCUUCCUUCUGGCGAUCGAGCUGAGUGUGGUGAUUCUAGGCCUUGCCUUCGGUCACCUGGAGAGCAAGUCAAGUGUGAAGCGUGUUCUGGCAAUCACUACAGUGCUGUCUCUAGCAUACUCUGUCACUCAGGGGACCUUGGAAAUCCUGUACCCUGAUGCUCACCUCUCAGCUGAAGACUUCAACAUCUAUGGCCAUGGAGGGAGACACUUCUGGCUUGCCAGCUCUUGUUUCUUCUUUUUGGUCUAUUCCUUUGUGGUGAUUCUUCCAAAAACUCCUCUUAAAGACCGGAUUUCUCUGCCCUCCAGGAAGAGUUUUUAUGUUUAUGCUGGGAUCCUGGCAGUGCUGAAUCUGGUGCAGGGUCUGGGCAGUGCCCUUCUCUGUGUGGAUAUCAUAGAAGGACUGUGCUGUGUUGAUGCUACUACGUUCCUUUACUUCAGCUUCUUUGCACCUCUCAUCUAUGUGGCAUUCCUGAAAGGCUUCUUUGGGUCUGAGCCGAAGAUCCUUUUCUCCUACAAAUGUCAGGUGGAUGAACCUGAAGAUGUGGAUGUGCACCUACCCCAUGCUUAUGCUGUUGCCAAGAAGGAAGGAAUGGAUUCUGGGUUCUACUCAAGCACUCAGAUUGAUACCACAGCCUACCUGGAUGACGUGGCCUCUAUGCCGUAUCAUGUGGGCAGCAUCAACAGCAUAGACAGUGAUCGUUGGAAAGCCAUCAAUGCCUAAGGCAGGGCUCCCCCUGCACAUGAUGCCUCAUUUUCCCUUCUAAACUCCCUGAUACUGAGGAUGUUAGGAUAUCCACUGGAAAUAUGUUCAUCGCUAUCUGCUGUGGCUUUCCUCUUUUCCUUAGGAUUUCUGAAACCUAUUGUGGAACUAAGUUGGCAGCCUUUUUGGAAAGAACAUUUCCCGUCACUGAGAACAAUCUAGAACAGUCCUGUUCACAAACCUAUAAACAAUGAACCUUCCUGAUUCUUCGCGUUCCAGAUGUGAAUAUGACCCAGGACAGGCCUGACUGGCACCUCUUGCUUUUCAAUGACUGACAGCACUUGUCGGCCAACUAAGGGAAUGUCAUUUAGAAGCUGUUUAUUUGACUGUGUAUUCUACACAUAUGGAGAGAGCUUGGUGUUUUAAACCAAAGUUGGUGUUCCUGGGCUUUCUCAGGCAGCACAGUUGUCUGGAUCUUGUCACAACCACGGCAUAGACAGCAAUAGCUAUGUCUAAAUGGCAAAGCUGCUCAGCUGGACUGCUCCCUGGUUUCAGCUAAUGCUAAUGAAAACUGUGAAUUGCAAUUGUUAGGAGCUAAAAGGAUUGUGUUCUGAGUGUGUAGGAAGGAAAAGAGAGAUGUGAAGAGAAAUGAGCUGUGCAGUGUCUCCUAGGGCUGUUCUGGGAGGCACAGGCUGGUGGCUCACAGCACCUGUGUGAGCUGACAGAACAAUAGGGAGGCAGGACAGGCAGCUGCUGCCCAGCUGAGCUGAAGUAGUUGUGAAACAAUCAGUGGAGGCUGCACUGCUGUUCAUCUGAGCCCACAGGAACAUCUCAAUAACAGCAUUGAAGCAGGGUGGAGUUUGAAGACACAGCAUGUACGGUAGGUGUAUGUUACAUCUGCACAGUGCUUCAUGGCUCUGGCGGGGUCAUGGAGAGGGCUGUGAAGGAAGAGGCCGUCUCUGCUGAUGAAGGCUUCAGAGAUAUUCAGAUGCCUGAGGCAGAGCAGAAGCUGAUGAAUGUGAGCUGUCAGUUUCUAGUGACUGGGAGCUCUCAAACAGCACAGGCAUCUUAGCAUCAAAUUGGCUGGUGUUCUAGGUUGGGAGGCAGGUGGGAGGUGGAUGCUCUGGUACGACUUCUGUGGUAGUGUCCUCUUCUUUGCAGUUCAGAUACCCAGACUUCUACUGGCCCUAUUCGUCUUUCCACCUUGAUACACUGAAAAUACUUACAGCCAUGUGAAGUGUGAUUCAUUUAAAAACUAUCUGGAACUUCUUAGUCUCUUCCACACUGGAAUAGGGACUGUUGUCAGAGCUGUUUGAUGUGCAGUUCCAAGACAGUUUGUUCCAAUUCAGGGACUGUUAAGCUGAUAGCUGCAAUAAACUGGUUUCUGAGACAGACUGUGCCUUUAUCCAAGGAUAAAGAGGUUUAUUCUUUUGGCUCUGGGGAAGUCAGCUUUGGGGGAACUGACCUGAGUCAUCUGGGUAGGUGGAGAUCUGCUGUAGGUGAUAGCAACUUCACGUUAGAAAUAGUAGAAAGAGAGGAAAUUUGAAACAUUUCAGCACUGUGCAUCUCUUGCCCCUCAGCUCACUGCUGUUCCUGAGAAAGAAUAUUGGGGUAAGAGUUGUUGGGAAAUCAUCAUGCAGGGUGCAGCAUGGAGGUAUCAGUUUAGAAUCAUGAGUGUGUGCAGGGAAAGCAUUUUCCACUGUAGGGAAAGAAGCAGUUUGGAUAAGAGCACAAGGUUCCUGUUGGUUGCCAAAACUAUGCAGGCCUUAUCUUUUUUUUUUGUUAAUGAGCAAUGCAGCCUCUCAGUUCUGCAGCCUGUGGACUUUGCCCUGCAGGAAUCUGGGUAGCAUUGACACCAUUAAUAAUUUUUUUUAAAUUCCACAAAACUUUUCUUAUCAAGUGGAGAAAAAAACCCAAAACUUCCAUGUGUGAGAGCUGGAGUGUCUAGCCUUUCACAUUUCCCCUGCUGUAAUGACUAUGAAAGGGGUGGACAAGCAACUGGCCUGGCCACGUCAGUCCUUGCCUCAUUAGUGUUCUGUGCUCCUCCCAUUGCUUGCUGUGAACCUGCAUCAGCCACAUUUUACUUGUAAAAGGGAUGGAUGAUGUGAUGCCUGAAUUGCCCUGCUGCUCUUAGUGUGGCUUCAAUCCUGAGCUGCUGUUAGCGAGCAUGGGGAAACCUGCAGAGCUUCCCUGGAGUCGGUUGGCCUUGGACAGGUCUGAAAGAUUUGGAUGUCUAAGCAGAUCACCUGUGCAGGUGGUCAGCAUGUCCACCCUGCCAUUUGCCAGCAGGGCUCCGGUGUUUCUGGAGUGUCCCAUGUUCUGUUGCUGGGGAGUUUUUGUGCUAGGUCAUGGGCUGACAUUCCUUCUGGUCUAUUUCUGUGUAUAUAAGGCUUUGGGCCGUGUUCGCAAUGGGCCUUGAGCAGAAGUGUGUUGUGUGUGGGGGGUGUGUAAAGAGUCUAAAUAUAGAAUAAAUGUAUAUUUUUGUUUGUAAAAUAAAGAAAUACAAUGAAGUUUGGCAUAAA